AUGAAAAGAAAUGAGCGACGAAGACCAGCUCUACUCAUUCAUUCACUGUUGUUCUUUCUUCGUCUUCUCUGUUAUAUAGUCUCUCUCUCUCUCCUAUCUCUCUAGUCUUCCCGAGUGUCUUCCACGGAAAGGGUUGCUGUCGUAUACUCACUCCAUUUUCCUUACCUUCGCUGUGCAAUUGUCUUUGAAGACUUCACCAUCGGAAUCGCCCAAUCAAGCCCUCUCGAUCAAGGGUGCUGGUAUUUUGGGUGAGCUGGGAUAUGCUGACACUGGAGACAUAAGGACACCUUGAAAUUGUGUUGCGCUGUUGAACAAAAUGUUGGAGGGUCCUAAAUUCACCAAUAUUAUAGGCCUUAACAACCACCAUGAUAAUUAUGAUCUAUCACAAGGUAUCUACCAUAUACUCGGUGAGGGUUCCAACAUGUCAAUUGACAGUUUUGGGAGCUUGCAGAUGAGCAAUGGUGGAGGGUCCGUCGCUAUGUCAGUUGAUAACAGUAGUGUUGGGUCGAAUGAUUCCCACACUCGCAUCUUAAACCACCAAGGAUUGAAACGUGUCAACAACAAUUACUCUGUUGCCAACAGUGUUAAUCGAGGAGGAGUCUCUCAUGGCCUUCGUGAUGAUGCCCUGGCUCAAGCUUUGAUGGACCCUCGCGUCCCUACAGAAGUACUCCAGAAUUUCGAUGAGUGGACAAUUGAUUUGAGGAUGCUCAAUAUGGGAGCGGCUUUUGCACAGGGUGCUUUUGGGAAACUCUACAAAGGUACUUACAAUGGUCUGGAUGUUGCCAUCAAGCUUUUGGAGAGACCAGAGAGUGACCCAGAGAGGGCACACUUAAUGGAGCAACAGUUUCAGCAGGAACUCAUGAUGCUUGCCACAUUGAGGCAUCCAAAUAUAGUUCGUUUUAUUGGUGCUUGUCGUAAGCCUGUGGUAUGGUGUAUUGUGACAGAAUAUGCGAAAGGGGGUUCAGUUCGGCAGUUUUUAACAAAGCGGCAGAACCGAUCUGUGCCUUUGAAAUUGGCAGUAAAGCAAGCCUUGGAUGUUGCAAGGGGAAUGGAAUAUGUGCAUGGGCUUAAUUUGAUUCACAGGGAUUUGAAGUCUGACAAUCUCCUAAUUUCAUCAGACAAAUCUAUCAAGAUUGCGGAUUUUGGGGUUGCUCGAAUUGAGGUGCAGACAGAAGGGAUGACACCCGAAACAGGGACAUACCGUUGGAUGGCUCCGGAGAUGAUCCAGCACAGGCCCUACACGCAGAAAGUAGAUGUUUAUAGCUUCGGGAUUGUUCUGUGGGAACUCAUCACAGGGAUGCUUCCCUUUCAGAACAUGACAGCGGUGCAGGCAGCAUUUGCCGUUGUCAACAAAGGUGUCCGUCCAAACAUCCCCAACGACUGCCUGCCUGUACUCAGUGAGAUCAUGACCCGAUGCUGGGAUGCUAAUCCUGAUGUCAGGCCGCCUUUUACUGAGGUGGUCAGAAUGCUUGAAAAUGCAGAAACUGAGAUCAUGACAACAGUCCGAAAGGCCCGUUUCAGGUGUUGCAUGAGUCAACCAAUGACUACGGAUUGAUGCAGAGAAAACAGAACACGCCGUGAUGUCUGAAAAAGAUUUGAGUUUUAUCGGCGGAGUUGCUCGCUCUGCGAGAACAACAGAUGAAGUAGUUCGGAUUUACUUAUGGGCCAUGGCACGUGUGUUCAUGCAAACGCAUGUGCAGUUGUGUUUGUGGGUGUGGGUGUGGGUGUGGGUGUGGGAAUUGUAAAAAACAGACAGAUGUGAACCUCGGGGACAGAAAAGGUUUUUUGAGCAACCUAAAAGAGGCUAGGGAAGGAUAUGUAGCCUUGAUUAGUUAAUUGUCUCUCUCAAAGUUUGAUAGAUGUUUCAUAUUAAAUGAAUAAUGGUUUUUGGUGACA